CAGAUUGUAAUUUGCUAGCUUAGCACUCUCCGGACCGGUUUGUAAUGGCAACUGACUGGAUGGAACAUCAACUUUUGUAAUUUAUUUGAAGGAAGUUUAAAUUAAGGAGGUUUUACACAAACCUUGAGGAAAUUAUUUCUAAUGUGAGAAACAAAUUUUCGGUCCGAAAAUGUCCCAGGGAUGUACAAUUUCUGUGGAAGAGAUCCAGUCUUGGUGGGAAGUCCCCGCCAUAGCCCACUUCUGUUCGCUGUUCAGGACUGCAUUCAACCUACCAGACUUUGAAAUUGAGGAGCUGGAAGAGGCGCUACAGAAGCAGGACACAGACUUUCUGGCUGACCUCCUCGUCUCACUGCUGCAAGGAUGCUACCAGCGCACAGACAUCACUCCCCAGGCGUUCAGCAGUUAUCUGGACGACAUCAUCAACUACCGCUGGGAGCUGGAGGAGGGGAAGCCCAACCCCCUGCGCCAGGGGCCCUUUGAGGAGCUGACCCCGCGCACACAGGUGGAGCUGCUGCACAGGCUGUGUGACUACCGCCUGGACGCCGCAGACGUCUUCGACCUGCUCAAGGGCCUGGAUGCGGACAGCCUGCGCGUGGAGCCGCUGGGGCAAGAUGGGAGCGGUGCCCUCUACUGGUACUUCUAUGGUACCCGCAUGUACAAAGAGGAGCCGGUCAAGAAGAAAGCGGAGCAGCUCGAUGAAGCCCCUGAGAUAAAACCAACAGAGAAGAGGAAAAGGGGAAGACCACCAAAGAAGAAAGUGGAGGAGAUCCAGCUAAGUGAGGUGGAGAGGGAAGUGAAGAAGGAGAAUGGACUGGAAGGUCUACACUCGGGCACAGACCGGGAGCGCGGUGCCUGGUCCUUGAUGUGUGAUACGGAGGAGCAGUGGGCCAGUCUGGCCGAGAGCAUCAGAGACAAAACGUCCCCCCAGGACCGCCACCUCUACCGCAUCAUCAGCCAGAACUUCCUCCCUGAGAUCAGCAGCAUGAUCGAGCACAAGGUGAGUGAGCAGAAGCAGAGGCUGCUGGACCCCACCCCAGUACGCAGCUCUUACCGGCUCUCUGAGAAACGUAUGAGCCAAGAGGAGGAGGACACGCUGCAGGCCAUAGCCAAUAGGGAGCAACAGAAACAGAAGGAUGAGGACAUGGACAGGCAGGCCCUGCUGAUGGAGCAGAGACGAGAAGAGGAGAUGCUGCUGCAGGAGGAGCGCCAGAGAGAGGAGCUGGAGAGACUCCAAGCUGUGGAAGAGCGAGCGCGGCGGCGGAAACUGCGUGAGGAGAAGGCCUGGUUGAUAUCCCAGGGGAAGGAACUGCCCCCCGAACUGCUGCACCUGGAGCCCCACUCACCCAUUCGACGCUCCCGCAGGACAAAAGAGUUCUAUGAAAUUGAUGAUGAUUAUACGGCGUUGUACAAAGUGUUGGAGGCCCUGAGAGCCCACAAAGAUGCCUGGCCCUUCUUGGAGCCUGUGGAUGAAUCCUAUGCCCCCAACUAUAAUGCAGUCAUUCAGACUCCGAUGGACCUAUCCACCAUCGAGACUAAGCUGAAUGAAGGGGAGUAUAUUGCCAAGGAAGAGUUUGUGUCUGACAUGAAGCUCAUAUUUGAAAACUGCAUUGAGUACAAUGGGGAAGACAGCGAGUACAGCAUCAUGGCAGAAUCCCUGGAGCGUUGUUUCAGCCGGGCGCUACUGAAGCACUUCCCUUCGGAGGACGGCGACACGGACGAGGAGUUCCACGUGAGCGGCGAGGACCGUGAGAGAGACCGCAAGGAGAAAAGGCGAAGCAAAGGCAACAAACAGGCAGGGCCAGAAAGCUUGAUCCGAGCCACCGAACAGGCCUCACGCAAACGGACACAUCCAGGGGGCAAGGGCAGCACCCCAAUGGAGGAGGAGGGGAAUAAGCCAGCACAGCCACCCCCUCCCCCCCACUGGGCCAAUGGACCCCCACACCCCCAUGGCAUACCUCAUGGACAACCCCAUCCUGGGAACCUUUACUACCCAGCACAGCAGCAGCUCCAGCACCCCCCUAAUCCCCACGGCCCACACAUGUACGGCCAGAGGAUGGACCCCGGCUACGCCUACCCUGGACAGGGACACAUGCCCCGGCCUGGGGAUCCCAAUGCUCAUCACAUGCCUCAACAUUACAGCAUGCAGCCACACAUGCGUGAUGGACACCACGUUGGCCAUGGAUACCAAAUGGGGCCUGAUGGCCGGCCUCUUCAGCCACAGCACCACCGGCAGCAGCACCCCUACAUGGGUCCCACCCAUGGUCCCUCACUGGGCCCCCGUCCCGUGGCCCUCCAGUCUGGGGGCCUCUGCACCCCCAUGCCCGACAGCAGCAUGUACUUGUCCCGCCAGCGCACCAACGGCCACCCCCUACACCCCGGAGGGAACUGCUACCCCGGGCCUGACGUCCCACCACGACACAACUACCCAGCCUUCCAUCCAGGUAUGGGCAUGCCUCCUAACAUGUGGUCAGGGAUGAACCACCAAGGCCAGGAGAGGCCCAGUGGACCUGGGAAAAAAGUGCAAAAUAUGGCUAACCACCAGCAGCUCUCUUAUAACCCCGGGGUUCCUCGUCCCAUGGGCCCCAAAACCUGGCCAGAGCAGCCUGGGGGUCCCGGAGGGUACCCCUCUCAUCCCAAUGGACCCAUGGCCCUGCGGACCCCCAUGCCUCAUCAGGACUCCAGGCAGUGUCUGGCCUCCAUGCUGGAGAGCCCAGAGAUGAUUGCCCUGCAGCAGCUGUCUGCCUCCUCCACCGGACUCUCUGCUGGCUCCUCUCACCAGGACAUGGGCAACUUCCAGCAGCAGCCCCUACAGGGUGUUGGCAGCGCCCCAACUCACCCCUCGCAGUACCACCCUCCCCCUGAAAUUCAGCUGCUGCGUCCUGCCAGAGACAAUGGCCCGGACAGCCAGGCUGCCCAUCACGCAGAUUUGAAGCCGAAAGGGUCCACGUCAGAUCCCAAAACAUCCAACAACCAUGCAGGAGCUCUGGUAACCCCCGUCCCAUCUGAACAGGAACGCACCUCGUUCUCCCGUCCCACAGAGACUCCCAGUCGCCCCACUCGGGGCAUGCAGAGCCCCUCUGCUCCAAACUGGGGCAGAUCACAGGAGAGGGUUAGCGGGACCCGGGAGCAGGCUGCGUCUGGGCUGGGACUCCCACAGAGCUCAGAGACAAACGACAACCAAGAGGGGGAGAGCAGAGGACAAUCUGUCAGCCAGACUCCCCCUCAUCAGAACAACCCUUCCAUUGUUCAUCCUCCUCAGCCCCACAAUGCACCUCACUCCCAGAACUCUCGUCACUCCCAGAAUACUCCACAGCAUAUUACCCAGAGCCCCCCCCAGCAAAUCCUAGAGAAUGCCACUCGUCUUCAGAACGCCCAUCAGCACAAUACCCAGAAUGCACAGCAACAAAACAUCCCUCAACAUAUCACUCAAAAUGCCCCACAGCAAGGAUCCCAAAACCCCCACCAACAAAACUCUCAGAACACACCUCCACAUGUGGCGCAGAAUGUUCCUCAACCAAUCUCCAUGCAUGGAAUGCCACAGAGCGCCCCCCAGGGGGCCCAGCCUGGCCCCGGUCCAACCCAGCCAGCACCUCUCACCUCCCUGCCCCCCAGCCACCCUGUGUCCCAGUUGCCUCCCCAGCCCAGCCCAGAUGACCAGAGGCCAAGCGAGCCCACUAGCAGGAGGGACUCUGGAGGCAGUUCUGGUAACUCCAGCAUGAUGAAGUCUGGACCUCCAAAUGGCAUCUAUAAACAACAGUUGUUCAGUCCCAAGGCACAACAGACACAACCCGGUAGCCAGGGGCCAAGGGGACCGGCACCUGGUCACAACCCAGCCAUGCCUCCCCACUCCCAGGGCCAGGACAAUGGAGCCAUGCGUCAAUAUGGCAUGGGCAGCCCAACACAUCUGCACUAUGGUCAACCUAUGGGCAAACCCAUGCCCCCUUCAAAUCAACAGCCUUACCCGAACCAAUCUGUUCCCCAGACCAUGAACCCCCACCAUAACCCUGCCGGCUACCCCACCUACCACCAGCAAGGAGCUGCCUAUCCAUACCACAUGGCCCAGCAGCAGCAUCCCCAGGGCCACCCUAACAUGUACCCCCAGUACCAGCAGCAACACUUCUACCCCCAGCCCCCAGGCAACAUCCGGGGGGGCUACCCCUCCGAGGAGUGGCACAGUCAGCAGCAGUACCAGCCUCGCCACCCCAUGCCCUCCAACACCUACCUGCCUGCAACUAGUGCCAACGUCAAUGGGCGCCUGAAGGAGGGCAGCAGCAUGGGCUCCCCCCUGGGCUCUGAAGGCUCCGGGGGCAGCCUGAUGUCCCCCAAUCCCCUGCCCGAGGGCCCACGUGGAGGAUCUGUGGAGAAGGAGAGUAGGGAGGCUGGCAGCCCUGUGAAGCAUCAGCCUGCUCUGGUGGAGGAGAGCUCAGAGCGGCCAGAGAGCCCCAAAGAGAUCCUGGACCUGGACAGCCACAACGCUGCCGCACGCCGCCGGAGUGCCCAGCCCCCACCUCACGUGGCCAACUUCCUGUACGAUUCCCGAGCAGUACAUACUGGGAUGCAGCAGGGCGGGGCCCCGCCUCCCCACAUGAUGUCCCAUGCUCCAUACCCCAACCAGCCAGGUUACCCCAGUGGACACUACGCCCCCCAGAGACCCCACCCCCACCUCAUGGAAGCCCUGCACCGGCCCCAGCACCUUCCCUUUCCCCCGGGGCAGACCCGCAUGGCCAUGUACAGACAUCCCCAGGCCGGAGGCCACUUCCAGGGCAUGCUGGUCCAGCAGAGAGGCCUGGCGCCCGAACACUUCCUUCACCCAGGGCAGCAGAUGAUGUCUCCCAGUGGUCCCAGCAGUAAACAGGGAGUUUGAGCAACUCUGUGGGCGCAGGGUGAAGGACAAAAGCAACAAACACCUGUACACAAAGCAGUGCCUGCAUUUCAUCCAUCCAUGACGAUAACCUGUGUGGUUGCCUGUGUGUCUCCUGUCAUAAGCCUUUAAAUGUGACUGUGCUGUUGGAACCAUGAUGUUCUCUGCUGUGGAGCGGCUCAAAAUGGAGUCUUGGCCGUUGUCUUUUCUCUGUCUGUCUGUGUCAAGGGGCACCAGUAACUACUGCUCUCACUGCAUCAGACACAAGAUAUGCAGUGUGUGCAGACAAGGGAAACAUAUUUAUUUGAGGAUCUCUUUAGGGAAUGAGUUCUUUGCCCCUCGGGCUGUCUGUCUACUUCAUGUGGAACCCUCACUGAGACUGCCUCUAUGCAGAGACAUGGCUCUGUCUGCCAGUGGACUUCCAGUUCAGACUGUGUGUACAGCUGGUCCCUUCCUGCAAGAACAUCUGGAGAUCCUCUGUCUGCAGCCUCACACUGGUUGGACAAAGCUACUGGUCAUUGGGUUUUGUCUGGAGGAAGGCUCUUCCCCUGACUAUAGCUCUCCUAUGGACCUCCAGCCCCUUCGGUCCUGUCCAAACCUCUACAGAAGAGAAAAAUGGAUCCGGUGAUGAGAAGAGGGGGCUGGUGUUAUUGUUUCUUUGGGGUUUUUUCCCCAAACGUUUUUAAACUCAGGUGUAGAAAAGGAGGAACUUUAAGACUGAAGAGAAGCCGUCAUCAGAACCCUGUCGACAGACGGGCCUUGCCGUUUACUUUUUGUUGAAUGUAUGUGUGAAUGAUAGAUAUAGACCUGCAGAGAGCCUUCUCUGCUAUGCACUAGGGAUAGUCUACACAUGCUGGAGUGGCCUUGGAAUUUUUACGUUGGUGCUUGUUUUAUAUAUAUAUAUUAGUCGAAGUUGGAAGUUUACAUACACCUUAGCCAAAUGCAUUUAAACUCAGUUUUUCACAAUUCCUGACGUUUAAUCCUAGUAACAAUUCCCUGUCUUAAGUCAGUUAGGAUCACUACUUUAUUUUAAGAAUGUGAUAUGUCAGAAUAAGAGAGAACAAGGUAGAGAAUGAUUUAUUUAUUUCUUCACAUUCCCAGUGGGUCAGAAGUUUACAUACACUCAAUUAGUAUUUGGUAGCAUUGCCUUUUCAAUUGUUUAACUUAGGUCAAAUGUUUCGGGUGGCCUUCCACAAGCUUAUCGCAAUAAGUUGGGUGAAUUUUGGCCCAUUCCUCCUGACAGAGCUGGUGUAACUGAGUCAGGUUUGUAGGCCUCCUUGCUCGCACAAGCUUUUUCAGUUCUGCUCACAAAUUUUCUAUAGGAUUGAGGUCAGGGCUUUGUACUGGCCACUCCAAUACCUUGACUUUGUUGUCCUUAAGCCAUUUUGCCACAACUUUGGAAGUAUGCUUGGGGUCAUUGUCCAUUUGGAAGACCCAUUUGCGACCAAGCUUUAACUUCCUGACUGAUGUCUUGAGAUGUUGCUUCAAUAUAUCCACAUAAUUGUUCUCCUUAAUGAUACCAUCUAUUUUGUGAAGUGCACCAGUCCCUCCUGCAGCAAAGCACCCCCACAACAUGAUGCUGCCAUCUCCAUGCUUCACGUUUGGGAUGGUGUUCUUCGGCUUGCAAGCCUCCCCCUUUUCCUCUAAACAUAACGAUGGUCAUUAUGGCCAAACAGUUCUAUUUUUGAUUCAUCAGACCAGAGGACAGUUCUCCAAAAAUAGGAUCUUUGUCCCCAUGUGCAGUUGCAAACCGUAGUCUGGCUUUUUUAUGGCGGUUUUGGAGCAGUGGCUUCUUCCUUGCUGAGCGGCCUUUCAGGUUAUAUCACCAUAGGACUCGUUUUACUGUGGAUAUAGAUACUUUUGUACCUGUUUCCUCCAGCAUCUUCACAAGGUCCUUUGCUGUUGUUGGAAAUUGCUCCCAAGGAUGAACCAGACUUGAGGUCUCCAAUUUUUCUUCUGAGGUCUUCGCUGAUUACUUUUGAUUUUCCCAUGAUGUCAAGCAAAGAGGCACUGAGUUUGAAGGUCGGCCUUGAAAUUCCUCCACAGGUACACCUCUAAUUGACUCAAAUGAUGUCAAUUAGCCUAUCAGAAGCUUCUAAAGCCAUGACAUCUCCUGAAAUUUUCCAAGCUGUUUAAAGGCACAGUCAACUUAGUGUAUGGUAACUUCUGACCCACUGGUAUCUGUAGACAAUUGUUGGAUUAAUUACUUGUGUCAUGCACAAAGUAGAUGUCCUAACUGACCUGCCAAAACUAGUUUGUUAACAAUAAAUUUGUGGAGUGGUUGAAAAAUGAGUUUUAAUGACUCUGACAUAAGUGUAUGUAAACUUCCAACUUCAACUGUAACUCUUCACUGUAGUUGACCUCUUGUCUCAAACUAGGGAAUUAUGUUGGAUGGUUUUCCACACUUCCAUGUGUCCUGCUGGUUGGUAUACGCACUAAGUGAAAAUGAGUUAGAAUCAACAAUUGAUGUAUGCUAAGGUCUUUUUUUUUAAUGUUAAUGUUGUCAUCUUUACAGCCCAUUUCAUUUAACCUGGACCAUGUAUUGCAUUCCAUACAUUUGGCGAAAAAUAACACCUAACAUGGUAGUCCCACUGUCGCUCCUUUUUAUGGUGAGUUUUAUUAUUCUAUUCGUAACGGUUAAGAUUGUAUCCACAAUUGCACCCAUGCAUGAUUAUUUCUUCACGUCAGUGCUUCAUCCUCCCCAAUUCAAUUAACCUUUUAUAUGUCCUCAGGGUGUACAGUUUUAUACGGGUAUUUUAAUGAAUUAUUUGAAGGACAAGAAAAUAUGACUGGAAUUGUGACAAAUGAAUCAACCUAAUUUUAUGUGAAGAAACUGAUAAACCAAUAUUGUUUUUGCAAGAUUCUGUGUUAUUUUUGGUCCUCUUGUGACAGUGGGGGGUCUUGCUCACUGCCAACCUGUUUGCUUUGUUUGGGGUUAAAUAAAAUAUCUAUUCCGUUUUGUACUAAUUGGAAUAGUUGAGUUUUUCGACAUUCCAGUUUGUUUUUUGUUUAAUAUUGUUGCUCUUGUCAUUGCCACUAUACAGUACCAGUCAGAAGUUAGGACACCUACUCAUUCAAUGGUUUUUCUUUAUUUUUACUAUGUUCUACAUUGUAGAAUAAUAGUGAAGACAUCAAAACUAUGAAAUGAUGCAUUAACCAAAAAAGUGUUAAAUCCAAAUAUGUGAAAUUCUUCAGUGAGCCACCGUUUGCCUUGAUGAAAGCUUUGCACACUCUUGGUAUUCUCUCAACCAGUUUCACCUGGAAUGCUUUUCCAUCAGUCUUGAAGGAGUUCCCACAUAUUCUGAGCGCCUGUUGCCUGAUUUUUCCUUCACUCUGCAGUCCAACUCAUCCUAAACCAUCUCAAUUGAGUUGAGGUCGGGUGAUUGUGGAGGCCAUGUAAUCCGAUGCAGCACUCCAUCACUCUCCUUGGUCUAAUAGCCCUUACACAGCCUGGAGGUGUGUGGGGUCAAUGUCCUGUUGAAAAGAAAAUGAUAGUCCCACAAAGAGCAAACCAGAUGGGGUGGUGUGUCUGCAGGAUGCACUGGUAGCCAUGCUGGUUAAGCGUGCCUUGAAUUCUAAAUAAAUCACUGACCGUGUCACCAGCAAAGCACCCCCACCGUCACACCACCAUGCUUCAUGGUGGGAACUAGACAUGCGGAGAUCAUCCGUUCACCUGCUCUGCGUCUCACAAAAAGACCUCGGUUGAAACCAAAAAUCUCACUCAUCAGACCAAAGGACAGAUUUCCACCAUUCUAAUGUCCAUUGCUUGUGUUUCUUGGCCCAAUAAAUCUUCUUAUUAGUGUCCUUUAGUAGUGAUUUCUUUGCAGCAAUUUGACCAUGUGAAAUCAGGCCUUCAUGGUCUCCUCUGAACUGUUGAUGUUGAUGUCUUACUUGAACUCUGAAACAUUUAUUUGGACUGCAAUUUCUGAGGUGCAGUUAACUCUAAUGAACUUGUCCUCUGCAGCAGAGCUAACUCUGGGUCUUCCUUUCCGGUGGUGGUCCUUAUGAGAGCCAGUUUCAUCAUAGCACUUGAUGGUUUUUGCAACUGCACAAUUUUCUCCAUUGACUGAGCUUCAUGUCUUAAAGUAAUGAUGGACUGUUGUUUCUCUAUGCUUAUUUGAGCUGUUCUUGCCAUAAUAUGAACAUGGGCUAGCUAAUGUAUACCACCCCUGGACAUCUAAUCGACUCAAAUUCAUUAAGAAGGAAAGAAAUUCCACAAAAUAACUUUUAACAAGGCACACUUGUUAAUUGAAAUGCAUUCCAGUUGACUACCUCAUGAAGCUGGUUGGGAGAAUGCCACGACUAUGCAAAGCUUUCAUCAAGGCAAAGGGGGGCUACUUUGAUCUAAAAAAAAUCCAGGACUGUAUCACAUCUGGUCAUGAUUGGGAGUCCCAUAGAGCGGCGCACAAUUGGCGCAGCGUCGUCCGGGUUUGGCUGGGGCCGUCAUUGUAAAUAAGAAUUUGUUCUUAACUGACUUUAUCGAGUUAAACAUUUUUUUUUUAAACAUGUAAGAAAUAUAUUGAUUUAAACACUUUUUGGUUACUACAUUAUUCCAUAUGUUCAUAGUUUUGAUGUCUUCACUAUUAUUCUACAAUAUAAAGAAAAACCCUUGAAUGAGUAGGUAUGUUCAAACUUUCGACUGGUACUGUACACAGUGAGUGAUUUUUGUCUUUGAACAAUUAAUCUGUGUAGAUUGAAGUCUUCCCCAUCUUAUCAUAUCCAUGUUGCGCCUGUGAGCCCCACAGGUAUAGUGAUUGCAACAAAUGAAUCUACCUCAUAGCCAGUCCACUGGCAUCCACUAAGUCCCUCCACUCACCAGAGUCAGUCCCCAGCACACAAAUGGCCUAACACUACUAUUGUCAUGACUGUCUAAUUUUCCCAGUGCCAAGUCAUGUUACUGUCCUGAACUAAAGUAUAGCGGACCCGUCCUUGGAACAUUUUAUUGUAAGGUUAUUUGUGUUACCGCCGGUGGGGGGGUUGUUGUUAAAGGGCGUAUGUCUGAGGUCGUCAGAAAAGGGCUCUUUAAAUAUGAUCUUGUCUCACCAGCUGUAUAGAUUGCAUGCCUUCCUGCCACAGUGAGGUGAGUAGACAACCUGAGCCCUGUGGUUCUACUGGAUCUGUGUUAGGCAGCAUAGAGAUGGCAGUGUAGUUCCCUCAAUUAUAGACACCUAUGGCAUUAACAGGAAAUGUGCUCAAGGAGGGAUGAAUAUAGGAAAAUACUAGAAGCUGUGAGACUUUUGAUUUGUCCCAGGAUACUGUAUAUCAGGGAUCCUCAACUAGAUUCAGCCGCAGGCCCAUUUUCUUUCUUGAGUGAAUGGUCGGUGGGCCGGAACAUAAUUACAAAUAAUUUGUAUACUGCAAUUUGAUCGCAAAAUAUAUAUUUCACCUAAAACAUAAUUUCAAACCUUGCUUACAUUUGUAUACAAUCACAUGUAUCUCUCUCUAUUAUCCGUGGGAAUUCUUAGGAACAAGUUUUGCUCAGAAAACUUGGGGGGGGGGGCCAAAUAAAACCACCCGCGAGCCAGUUGGGGAACCCUGCUGUUUAAGGAUGUAUUGUUUUACUUGCUAGGGAUUUUUAGUACUAGCUGAGGUCUUCUCGUAGGUAGUGUGAUCAUUUGUGCUGUCCAUGUAUGGACAGUGUAGUUGUAAAUGGUCUGUGAGGUUAUCAUACUGUUAUGCAGCUUUGUUGUCGCUGAUGUGUAGUCUGCACAAGACAUGGAAGUCUGUAUGCCACUCACUCCACUUCUACUUUGUCAUCCAGUUUGUCUGCACUAGUAAAAUAUCUAGAUUUGAUUAAAUGUGAAUCAUAUUUAUUUGCUCUUAAAUGUUGUACAUUUGGACUUUUUUUAUAUAAAUGUUUUUGUUUUUGUUUUUAAGCAGUUGACAUUUACCUCUGUAGCAUGGCAGCAUCAAAAAAGACCCUGUAUGUUUCAUCUGACUGACAUAGAUUAUUUUGGAAAUGGACUGAAGUAUUUUCUAUACUGCACAUUUCUUAGAAUAAAUAACUUUUCCUGAAUUGAA